AUGCCAUUCACAGCCCAAGAACGGAAGAAGGUUGAAAGACUCAGACGGAAGUACAGAAUUGAAUUCCGCGGAGAGCUUCCAAGCCAUGAAUGGCCCGAUUUCCAUCGUCCGAUUUUUACUGCGGUUGAUGAGCUAGGAAAGAGGCAAUUCGACACCUAUGCGGCUUGUGCGACAGCUAUUGAAGAUGCACCAUGGACUGCAGAAAUAAAAAAACAUGCUGAUGAGCUCUCUGAACGGGCUAAGCGCUGUGUGAGGCGAAAUGAAUCGACCUGGCGGUUUGCGUGCGAACCUUACGUGUUGGCUCGACUUACUUCAGAAGUCGUAUGCAAGUUUUGUCGGAAGAGAGUAUGGCGUUCGGAAAUCGAAGCGACAAGUGAGGCGAACUCGACUAUAACAGAAGCCCUGCGUGUUCGGCAGAAUAAACGAAAGCCAUGUCGCUGUUCGCGAGACUUCAGGCUUGGGGAUUCAAUGGAAGCUAUCGGGCUGAAUCGGAUUUUUGGCCAUCGGGAAGAUGAACUAAUACACCACGAUCCAACUGUCCAGAAAGAACUACCAAGUGCUACAAAGCCAGAUGCAAUAUACGGACUUCGACAGACUCGAAACAUUGAAAACCUCUUGAACGACACAGCCUGUAUAGGUAGGCCGGAGGAUGAUCAGGAUAUGCUUGUUCAUGAGAUCCUGGGAGAUCCUCCGCUCAGUGAGGAAGGAGAUCCAGUGGUGUUCCCAUUUCUUCUUCUCGAGGCAAAGUCAGCGAAGUCGGCCGAUAGCGAUUGGAAUUCCAUUAAGUUGCAAUCCGCGUUUCCGGUGCGGACACUGUUAUGCACGCAGGAGUUGUUGAAAAAUAUGACUGAGCGGCACGCGAAGCGGCACGCUGAUCCAUUAGUCUGGUUACUAAUGAAUAGAGGAGAGGAUUGGCGAGUGUCUGUGGCAUGCGUAUGUAAUGGUGCAGGCGAGAAAUCUGGGACUAUUGGUACUACUGAAUAUCAAAUUUUUGAUCUAUGGGGAGGCUCUAUUACAUCGAGAAAUGGGGCAUUACAGCUUCUGCUGAUUGUCGAUUAUGUCUUUGAGUGGGCUCGUGACAUUUAUCGCGAGGACAUAUUAAACCAACUCAGGAUCGUAGCAUCUGGGCAGAAUGAUUGUGCAAGCAUGAUUCAUCCAGAUACCGACAUAUUUUCCACAUUCACGUCAAUACAUCCUAACACAUCGGAUGAAAGCUCUAGAAGCACCCAAGACAGCUAUCAUCUGGGUCUCAAGGGUUUCGAAGCAUUGGACAGCCCGUUGGGGAUCAUUCGACAUGCCACCUUUGUCGAGAGUCAAUAUCGUUGCUUUUUAGUGACAAGAGACAAUGUGACGACAAUGCUACAAUCAACUCAAGAUCAAGCUAGGAAAAUCCUGGCGAGACAAAUUAUCACAAAGUUGCAAGAGAUUCCUCUAUCGAUAAGUUGGGCCUGCCUGGGUAUGAUGGAGGAGGAGUGGACUGGACGUUCUCGGAUGCCACGAUCACAUCAUCUCGAUCAAAUCAAAUUCUAUGCUUUAGUGACAUAUGCUUCAUUCCUACUGCCGAACUGGGUGAAGGUUCGGGAAUUGACCGUGAUUGCCGUUGCUGAAGACGCAUUUGAGGAUCUCGUUAUGGCCUCCAUGUACAGCCGACGGCGAGUAACUUGUCGGCCGCCUUUGGUGGGAAAUGAAUGUGAAAUCGAAGUGCUGAAGAACAUCAUCGCUAAACUUCAUGCGGGAAAUACGAGACACACCCUCUUCGCUGCCAUCCGACGAAUUUGCCUGAGAGUAGAUGGCAGGGGAUCUCGGAUUCGUUUGGUGGCUAGCAAUUCAAGUCCUAGGGAUAUCGUCCAUUACAUCUACAACCAGUUCAAGAAAGGGGAACUCGAACCCCAAGAACCAUUUUUGAAUACAUCGAGUUCCUUUGACCAGAUACAUAUGUCAAAUUCAUCACUGGAGCCUUUUGACUUUGGUACUCUCAAUGUUUCCUCAGACGGGUGUGUUCUGGUCUAUGCCCACGGCCAUCAACACGAUGCUGGACGCCAGAUGAGCUCGGUAUGCGUCUUUCUCAUGGAUGGACCACCCGAUUUACCAACGCCAGCGAUUUUAGGCAUGGUAAUCAAAAACACGUUUGAGAACCAUGAUGUCUAUCAUACCUCGCGAAUUCAUAGGGUCCCGAACAUCCGCGGCUUCGGAAAAGAUAAAUAUGGAAAACGGUGGAACAUUGAAAACUCUUAUGGUAUUUUCUCAGAAGGAUUUCAAUUUGUGGAUUGGAUCCUAUUUCUGGGAUGCGAACCUCCCGUUCGCCAAGGUUCGUCACGGCCCGGGCUAAGUGCGUAUCUCUUUUCGCGCAAUCUUUACCCUUGGCAGGAACCUGGAUAUAUAUAUUCAUCCAUCGCGAGGCGGAUCUUUAACAUUUACAAAAUUGUCACUCGGGAGGUUCGAUACUGGCGGACUAUUGCGAAAGAAUCCAGAGACCAGGGGAUCGAUUGCUGUGAUAUUUGCGCCGGUGAAGUGGAAUUUGGGGGGAAUAUUUGCGAAGAGUGCGGUUUCGAGAUCGACCAAGUAGACGAGUUUUGGUUCAAAAAUGCCCUUCUUGGGAAGCAGCCAAUUGACUACAGACCCAUCGACCCAGACUUUCAAGAAUUCGCGCGAAAUCUGCGCUUCGAUAUGGAAUAUCAUGAAGCAGGCGAUAUCAAUGUCAAGUUUGAGAAAUAUCUCAGUUUUUACGAGGAAUUAGAUGAGGGAUACGAUGACUUGCAGGAAUUACGAGUGCAGUCUAGGAAGUUUGAGAGGAUCCAGUGGGAAGCAGAGUGGCCUUCCAGGAAACGAAAAAGAUCUAGUGAGAUAGGUUCAGAAACUGACAUUGUGGAGGAGAUUUAA